AUGUCUACUUGUAUAGUUAAGGCUAGUCCUAUAAGUUUCGAGAAGGCCUCAAAGAAUUGCGUUAUAACAAAUGUGGCCAUGACGCGGCUUAUUGUGGAACUGGUUGUCAACCCGGCUUUUGGUUUCUGCACGAAUAUCUCUAAUAAUAGUACCUGUGGUAACAAUGUGACCUGCGAAGGCAGUGUGUUUAGCUCCUACAAGCUCAUUGACGCUUUCAUUCGCCCCAUCGAGUAUAAUUCCAAGCUCGACAAUGGUAAUCGCAACAUCAAGCACUGCUGCGUCUUCUUCCGCAACUCCCUCUCCGUCAGGGGCCUGCACAUUCUCGCCUGGCCUAGGCAACACAACUCUUGCCAGCACGCCAGCCUGUACGCAGGACUCAACCAAACCGUGAACGCAACCGAACAAUUCGCUUACUACCAAGUAUUGACCGACAUCGAGCCGCCUAGCAUUGGCUGCUCAACAUUUGGCUACAUAAUCGACGUUGAUUCUGGUCUCUGCCUCACUGCGAACAAAACGCAAGGUGCCUAUCCGGAUUUCGAGGGAGCGGAAUUGAUGCUAGAGCCCUGUUAUUCCUGUAGUACCACAGGCGGGCCGCCACAGGAGCAGCUGUUUUGCUCGGAUUUUUAUACCCAGGGUGUUUACGAUCCCUAUCAAUGUAUGCUGUUCUUUGGAGAUGCAACAUUCCCGGACAGCUUCUAUGGUCCCACUUAUGGAUAG